AAGGAGAAGCUCCAUGCCGAGCUGAAGCAGGUACUGAGCCAGAAGAGAAGUCAUCUGAGAGAGUCGACCUGCCAGCUGGCCCAACCAGAGAUGGACUCUGAGCCAGCAAAUGAACAGACAAGUGUGGAGGAAGCCUCUAAAUCUGUGGAGAUUGUGGUGGAGACAGAGGCAGGAGCUGGAGCCAGCGGCUACAGUGUGACUGGUGGAGGAGAGCGAGGGAUCUUUGUAAAAGACGUCCUCAAAGACUCUCCAGCUGCUAAACACCUCAGUCUACAGCAAGGUGACCAGCUGCUAAGUGCCAAAGUCUACUUUGACAAUGUGAGGUAUGAAGACGCUUUAAAAAUCCUUCAGUGCGCAGAGCCAUAUAGGGUCAGCUUCCAGCUUAAGCGAACCAUCCUUGGAGCGGAUGGCAGCGUGCGCCCAAAGGUUCCCAGUGUGGAGGUCAAAGGUCCCAAAGUCAAGAUGGCCAAAAUGAGUGUGAAGGGGACCAAACCAUUCAAGACUCAGAAGAAACGAGGUGGACGUUUUGGUCUGAAAAGGCUAAAAGAGAAGCGAAGAGAGGAGCUGGUGGUAGAGGGAACACCUCCCAGGCUGGAGAUGAGUGAUGUAGAGUUUUCUCUUCCCAAAUUCAAACAAAGGAAAAGUCCAAAAGUUGAAGUAGAGGAAGCCAGAGGAGCAGCAGUUGAGAGGAAGGCAAAGAAAAGGAUGAGGUUCCCGAAAAAGGGAGCAAAAGUGGAGACAGGACGGUUUGAAGGACAAGUGAAUAUUUCCCCAUCUGAAAUGCCUGGAGCUAAAGUGAAAAGCAAAGAAAAAGGACACAAGUUUGGCAUCACCUUUCCUACAAGCAAACACACAAAGUCAGGCUCUACUUUGGAAACUGGAUCUGUGGAGCUGAAGCCUCCGGGGGUAAACAUCCAGCCGCCAUCUGUGGAGUUCAGUUUGUCUGCUAAUAAAGAUGUGGAGAAGGGAGCAUCUAAAGUUAGCAUACCUGAUGUGGAGUUUGCUCUCCCUUCAGGAAAAGCUGAGACAUCUUUGCCCAAUGUGAAGGGAACGGCCAAAAUCAAAGCUUCUGAAAUGGACAUCAAAGGAAGAGCUGAAACAGCUGAAGGAAAAGUUAAUGUAGAUGCAGACAAAGGAGAUGCAAAGGUCAGAAUGCCAAAGUUGAAACUACCCAAAGUUAGACUCUCACACCAUUCAGAUGAAAUUGAUGGUGACAUCAAGGUAAAAGCUGGAGGCAUCAAAAUGCCUCACACUGACAUAAAACCUCCAGAGGUAGAAAUCAAAGGAGACGGGCAGAUCGGUCUUCCCUCUGUUGAUAUUUCUUUGCCUAAAGUGAAGGGAAAGACUGACAUAUUGAUCAAAGAUUACGAAGGAAUUAGGAAGACUGCAAUCAACAUGCCUGCCAGUGACAUCUCUGUAGCUGAUAUUGAUUUGGAAUUAGACAGCGGACGGAGAAUUCCCGAUGAGGUCGAGGGCACUUUUAAAGGGCCCAAGAUCUCUAUGCCAAAGGUUGAUAUCUCACUACCUAAGAUGGGAUCAUCGGUGGACACUGAGUGCCCAGAAGUGGAAGGAAAAUUCUCUCUACCUUCUGUUGAGCUCUCACUCCCAAAGGUCAAAUCAGACAGUGGAGAUGUCUAUAUGGACUAUUAUGUUGGUGGUGAUGGAAAAUUCAAAAUGCCUGAUUUUGACAUUUCUCAACCAGGAGAAGUAAACAUAAGGGGACAAGGUGUGGAAGGGGAAUUCAAGUUACCAAAAGUGGACCUGAUCCUUCCCAAAGGCAAAGCAGGAAUGACUGAUGUUAAAGGGGAAGGAAAUUUUCAUCCAAAAAUAAAGCUACCUGACCCAGAUGUCAAACUUGAAGGACCAGAACUUCCAGGUGUUGACUUUUCACUAUCCAAGCCAAACACUGAGGCCAAUGUGGAGCUCAGUGGCAGUGGUGGUGACAAGUUCCAGCUCCCAACAUUUGAUAUCUCACUUCCAAAGGUGCCCACCAAAGAAGGAGAAUUUGAUAUUGAAUCUAAAGCCAAAGGAGGAGCAAAGUUCAACGUCCCAUCACUUGACUUCUCUCUUCCUGUAAUGAAAUCACCAGAGGGAGAGGUAAAGAUUGAGAGCCCUGAAGUCAAAGGAAGAAAAUUCCAGAUGCCUUCUUUGGAUGUCUCACUACCAAAGAUGAAGAUGCCUGAGGGAAAUCUUGUCCUAGAAGGACCUUCUCUUGACAUCUCUCCGCCAAAGGGAAAAGCAAAAGGAAAAGCCGAGGGUGACAUACAAGUAAAAAGUAAAGGAGAACCUUUUCAAAUCCCUUCAGUUGAUGUUUCUCUACCUCAAAUCAAAUCAAAGCAAGGUGAUAUAAAUGUUGAAGGACCAGAAAUUACCUUUGAAGGUAAUGGAAAAGGAGGCAAAUUCAACGUGCCAUCUGUUGACAUUGAUCUUCCUGUUGUAAAAAUGCCAACUGUUGAUAUUUCACUUCCAAAAGGUAAAGAAAAGGGAGAAGUUGACACUGGCAUUGACAUAAACACUGAAGGGCCUGAAGGUAGAGGGGGAAAGAUAACAAUGCCAAAAUUUGACAUUUCUUUACCAAAGGUAAAUUUUCCUGAGGGUGAUGUCAAAUUAAAAGGACCUGAAACAAAGGGAAGAAAGAUUGAAAUGCCAGAUAUUGACAUAUCACUCCCCAAAGGAAAAGUAGGGGAGAAAAUUGAAGGGCACACUGGCAAAGGCAAUAAGUUCAACAUGCCCUCUAUUAACAUCUCUCUCCCUAAAAUGAAAUCUAAAAGACCAGAUAUAAAUACUGAAGGUCCUCAUGUCAAAGGGAAGAUCAAAGUUCCAUCUGUUGAUGUUUCACUUCCUAAAGGAAAGGUUGAGGGUGACAUAAAUAUCGAAGGCCCCGAGAUGAAAGGUGGCAAAUUCAAAAUGCCAAAAUUUGAUGUUUCUUUGCCUAAAGUCAGUCUCCCAGAAGGUGGUGUAAAAAUAAAGGGCCCUGAUACUAAAGGUGGGACAAUUGAGAUACCUGAAAUUGAUAUUUCACUCCCUAAAGCAAAAGCACACGGAGAAAUUGACCUCAACAUCAAAGGUCCUGGCAAUAAAGGAAGCAAAUUCACAAUGCCCAAAGUUGAUAUUUCACUUCCAAAGAUGAACUUCCCAGAAGGUGAUAUCAAAGUGGAAGGACCCAACGUGAAGGGAGAAAAGGUCACAGUUCCAGAGGGUAAAGUAGAGGGAGAUAUCAAUAUUGAAGGACUCUCUGAAAAAGGAAGGUUUGAUAUCCCAAAGAUUGAAGUUGAUAAAAAAGGAGGUGGAUUCCACAUGCCAACUCUUGACAUAAAUCUGCCCAAAUUUGACCUUGACCUCAGCCUGCCCUCUGGUGUAAACGCUAAAGGCUUCAAAGUUGAUACUCCAAGUCCUGAUGCAUCUGGAGAUUUGGAGAUGUCUGGUCUUACAGGAGGCCUUAAUCCUGCCAAAUUGGAAGUUAAGAAUGAAGAUAUAGGGACAGGUGGUCUAGAAGGUCCAGGUGCAUCCCUAAAACUUCCCACAGUAAAACUACCAACAGUUGACAUCUCAGCUCCAAAGAUGGAUCUCAAUUUUGGCCUUACAAAACCCAAAGGUGAUGAUGUGGAAGUAGAACUUCUGAAAGCAGAAGGAGGAAGGCCUUCUUCAGGGGGCAGCUUUGAUCUACCUGUUUUCCUCAAAGUACCUAGUUUCACUCUUCCUAGGUUUGGGGGAAAGACAAAGAGCUGUAACUUGGAAAUACCAGCACCUAAGGGAGAUACUUCACUCAGUUCACCACAUGUAGAAGGAGAGAUCAGAGCACCGUCGGUGGAGUUUGAUGGAGGUGGAAAAGUCAAGGUGAAAAAACCUAAAAUCAAACUGCCCUCAUUUGGCAUGUCCAAGAAGGCUGCAGAUGUAUCAGUCUCUUGUCCUGAUGUUGAUGUUAAAGGGAAAAAGGGAAAAAUUGACAUUCAUCAACCGGAUAUCAAUGUUGACAACUCAGAUGACAUGUCAAAAUACAAAAUGAAAUUUCCCAAGUUAAAAAUAUCAUCACCCAAAAGUGAACUCCCAGCGGAAAAAGUUGAAGCAAAACUGGAUGCAGAUGUAGAGGCGAAAGGUGGCUUCCAUGCACCUGAUGUCUCUUUAAAACUACCAAAGUUUUCUAUGCCAGGCUUUGUCUCUAAAGAAAAAGACCUAGGUAAGCCAAGUGGUGACCUUGAAGCUAAAACCAAGGUUAAGAUGCCUUCUGUUGAGCUCUCGCUACCAGCAGCUAAAACACCAGAGACUGAGGUUCUUCUCCCAAAAGCAGAAGUUGAUGUCACAGAGGCUGAUAUAAGAGGUUAUGAGGGAAACCUUAAAAUUCCCAAAAUGCCAACGAUUGAUGUUUCUCUCCCCAAAUUAGACCUUGAUGUGUCCUUGCCCAGAGGAAAGUCUCCAAAGAUUGAAGGACCAGACCUGGAGCUAAAAGGGGGUGACGGAAAAUUCAAAAGGCCUCAUUUUAAUAUGCCUGCACUUGAUAUUUCACUUCCAAAAGCAAAGACUGAUUCACCCGAUUUAGAAAUGAAGGCGACUACUGAGGGAAAGUUAAAAAUGCCUCACAUAAAAAUGCCCAACAUUGACAUAUCGCUUCCUAAAGGAAAACUCAAAGGUACUGAGGCAGAAAUAGAAGUGGAUGGACAAGGAGAAGCAAAAGUCAAAACACCUUAUCUGAAAAUGCCCAAUGCUGAUGUUUCUCUGCCUAAAGGUCAUAUUGAAGGUCCAGAGAUAGAGAUUCAAGGAGAAGGUGGAAAAUUCAAGAUGCCACAUCUAAGUAUGCCUUCUGUUGAUAUUUCAUUGCCCAAAGGGAAGAUUGGAGGUCCAGAUGUUGAAGUAGAAGGACAUGGCAAAGGAAAAUUUAAGAUGCCUCACUGGAAAAAGCCAGAUGUUGAUAUCUCUCUAACCAAAGGACAGAUUGAAGGUCCAGAAGUGGAGUUAAAGGGGGAAGGUGGAAAAUUUAAGAUACCACAUCUAAGCAUGCCCUCUGUUGAUAUUUCACUGCACAGUGGAAAGACUGGAGAUGCAGAGACUGAAACAGAAGGAAAUGAAAGAGCGAAAUUCAAAACACCACAAAUGAAAAUGCCUUCAGUUGAUAUUUCAGCACCCAAGGGAAAGAUUGAAGGUGCAGAUCUCGAAAUGAAUGUUGAUGUUUCUCUACCUAAAGGAAGAGUUGAAAGUCCAGGAGUUCGAGAUGUGGAGAUCAAAGGAGAAGCUGGAAAAUUCAAGAUGCCCCACAUCAAUAUGCCUUCAGUUGAUAUUUCACUACCUAAAGGAAAAACAGAAGGUGCAGAGAUCGAGCUGGAAGGAGGUGCAGGGGGGGGGAUCAGAAUGCCUCAGGUCAAAAUGCCAGGUUUUAACGUCUCUCUACCCAAAGGAAAAGCUGGCAAAAUUAAAGGAGAGAUGGAAAUUGAGGGAGAUGACAGCAAAAUGCCACAUAUGACAGUGCCUUCAGUCAAUAUUUCACUUCCAACGGGAGAGACUGAAGGUGCCAACGCUGCAAUUAAGGGUGAGGGAGGAAUAUUCAGGAUGCCAAAAGUUGACAUUUCUCUUCCUAAAGGAAAACCUUCAGUGCAAGGUCCUGAGGCAGAUAUCAAGGGAGAUAGAGGAGAGUUCAAGAUGCCAAAUGUGGGCAUAUCACUUCCCAAGGGAAAAGUAAACAUUGAUACACCAGCAGAGAAAAUGGAGACAGAGGGAGGAAUCAUCAAACUGCCAGAUAUCAAGAUGCCAAAAGUUGAUAUUUCACUCCCGAAAGGCAAAAGUAAAGGUAGUGUGGUACCUGUUGUAGAGAUGAAAGUAACCAGUUCUGAUAUUAAAGUUCCAGAGGGACAAGUACUACUGCCAAUGGCUAAAACCACUGAAGCAGAGAUUAACUUACCAAGUGGUAAGGCUGAUCUGGACACUGGGGCUCUUGGAGAAGCUGAUUUGCAUUUUGAGGGUGAGCACAAAGGCCUAAAAUUAAAAGUCCCAACAAUAGAUAUCAAAGGUCCAAAAGGAGGCUUAGAACUUGAUACUGGACUUCAUAAAGGGGAGGGAAAAAAGGACAGGAAAAAGGUUGAUCUACCUGACUUAGAUGUCACUACAGAAACCAGCAGCAAAGUAAAAGGGCCUAAAGUCAAAGGAACAAAAUUCAAGAUUGGAAUGCCAAAAAAGAAAAACGGUGGAAAAAGAUUUGAGUAUUUUGAAGUUAAAACCCAGAAUGGUCAUAAAGAUGACAAAAAUCGUGUUAACCAUCCAGUACCAGAAGUUACAUUACCAAGUGUAAGUCUAAAAACAGAAGUGAAAGGAGAGGGUGGCUCCUCAUCUCCACAUGCAGGAAUCAGACUCCCCAAAAUACCAGACAUAGAGUUUGAUAUUGGCUCAUCUCAAGAUGGAGAUGACAGCAAAACAGAAAAAGGCAAGAAAAUCAAAAUCCCGAAGUUUGGCAUCCCAUUACCUUCCCUAUCCUCACCAGAGGAAAGUGUGAAUGUCCAUGGGCCAGAAAUUCAGUAUGAGGGCCCUAAAAUGCCUAAAGUAAAGAAAGCGGUUUUUGUCUUGGUAGACACUCCUACAACAAAUGAGCCUGCUACAAGCACAAGUCCCUUAAAAGGGGAAGCAACAGAGACUGUCAAAGUGAAGAUGCCCAAAAUCGAAAAGAAGCCAAGCCAAAAGUCAGCUGCUGCAAGUGCAGAAAAAGAAGGGGCAGAAGAAGAAAAGUCAAAGGGGGGAAUAAUAAAGAUGCCUAAAGUGUCGUUUUCGUCUGGCAAAUCUGCAUCAUUUGGUGGUGACACUGUCAAAAGAGAAGGUUCAAGUUCAAGUCUCAAUGGUGAAAGCCCUCACAAGGGCUCCAAGGAAGAGAAGGUGGCAUUCAGUGGUAAAGUCAAACUCCCAAAGGUGGAGUUCACCAGUCUAUAUGGGAAGAUGGGUGCAAGAGGAGCAGACAUGGAAACAAGUGGGGGACUGGGAAAGCAUUCAUCACCAGAAGAAGUACAAUCAAGCACAAUGUUACCAGGGGGUUUCACUGAGGAGCCUUUGAAGGAUUUGGUGUCUUCUCGUGCCAGAACAGAAAUGCUGGACAGGGACAGCUCAGAGUCCCCUUCUGGUUUUGCCACGGAGUUCACCUCAACAAAGUUUCAAGCUUGGAGCAAGGUGGAGAGCAAAAGCAGGGAAUCAGAAGAAAGAGAGUCUUCCUCAUGGUUUAAGGUCCCAAAGGUCACCUUGAAGCCACAUGCCACAGGCUUCCUCCAGAUAACUCCAGAGGGUUCUCCUCAGGCCCAGCGGAAAGGUGAGGUAGGGGGUGAGGCAGAUGUCUCGGGGUCUUUCUGCCUCCACACCUCAGGGCUCGACUUUACCACCUCGCAAAUGACCGAAGAGCACCAAAUCUCUUCCUCCAAGGAGGGAACUGUCACCAUGGUGACAAAGACUACCAGAAUCACCCACCUGGCUGAAACACGAACAGACGAGUCUUCGACGACCACAGCAACAACAAAAACAACAACAGCAGCUCACCAGGUGUCAAAGUACUGAAGAUGCUGGAAUGGUAUCUUUAAUGUAUUUUACUUUUCUUGUUAUUGUUGUUUUGUUUUUUUGUGAGGUUGCCGUGUUAAUAUAAAGUAAACCUCUAAUAAAAGGACAGUUCAUCCCCAAAUUAAUGAUACAUUUGUUUUUUCUUCUGACCUGUUGUGCUGUUUAUCUACUGAACUUUUUUGAACUGAUUAUUUGUGGGCUCCACGCAUCAUUUCUCCAGCUAAUAUCGCCAAAACUGGGCAACUCUAACCAAAUCAAUUUAGAUGGAUAAAUAGUAACACAACCCAGAGGAACACCAUGUAUAUUAAUUUGGGGUUCAUCUGUGCCUUAACAAAAAAAUUAUAUUAUAUUUUCAUAGAUGAUGUAUGAAUGUGAUGAACUACAAUAACAUUACAUCAAGCAGUAUUAUUGUCAUUAUUAUAGCUAAAGAUUACUAUAUACUUCCUUCUCUCAUCUUACAUGUGACGACUUUUUUUGUUACAGUUUGUUAGUUUAGUCCAAAUUAUUUAUCCGAUUUUGUUUGGUUUUUAAAGGUUUCACUCUGAAUGUCAACAUGUCGGACUGCUUCAUUAUUUAUUUUUGUUUUGUGUUUGAAAUGCGCUGGAAAGAGUCUUUUACUCACAUCGACUUCAUGGUUCAUGAUUCAGUUUCAUGAUCAUUUAAAAAUAUUUCAUUAUGAACCAUCACAACGUAGGCCAGAGGAAUAUUUAUGUAAAUAAAACAAUAUAAUUGCUUUUUUUGAAGCUGUUUCCUUUUCAGUUCAUAAUGUAUUUUCAUAUUUACCAAAGCAUAAAUGAUAUUGUUUUGACCUGAAACGAUGUUUUGUUGAUCUUGAAGAAAAAGUGUGAACUUUCUGAGAUUAUGGGCUUUUUUUGCCAUAGUUUUAUAUAUUAGCACAUUUAGCCUGUGCUUUUUUUUUUCCAGAGGUCAGUGAGUAAGCAGGACGCUCUGGACUCUUUUUCUGCUGUGGGGAUCAAACCUGUGACUAUCUGGUUAUAGGUUGCUCUCAAAUAUUUAGCCCAACCUGCUGCUAAUAUAUUUUUUAUUAAUGUUUUUACUGUACAAUGCCAAAAAAAAGGGCACCACUGUAUUUUCUGUGAAUGAGGCUGUAGCUUUAAAAUACACUGAUAUUUAUGAAGCUCGGCUGUUAAGUAUUGUUGCGUUUCAAAACAUCUGCAGUGAGCUGGACGGAAAUUUGGGGAUUUAAACCAGAAAUUCAGAAAUUUUAGAGAGGAAACUGUAAAGUUUAUUCUGUUGAUCCAAGUUGCUAAAAGGCUGCUAGAGUGAGACUAGUGGGGGUGGCGUGUCUUGAUCUUGUUGCAAAGCAAUCGUGUUAGAAAAAAAGGCCAGAAAACAAAUAUUUAUUUCUAAAAACACCAAAAGUAACUGUCAGAGUGAUUGAAACUUUAAGUGCCUUUACCCAGUACAUUUUAAACAAUGUAUCUACUAUUUAAUGUAUAAACUGUUUUAAAAUGGAAUAAUCUUCUUGAAUAUCAGUUUUUAUGUCUCUAAAUUUUGAUAUUUAAGUUUAAUUUAUAAACAAAGAACUUACCAUUUAUAAACAUGUUUGUAAUUUUUCUGGUAUUCUGUUAAAACGUCCUACCUUAGAGGAUACACCAAUCAGGCUUUUUGAACGGUUUUCUGUUUUCAAGUAGAUGUAAAACAUUUAAGAAUAAACACUUUUGUGUUUCCUUUAUUUGGUUGACUGAUGGAAUGAAGCUGCGUGGUAAAAUGCAUGAAUCCAUAAAAGAGUUGUCUCAUUAACAACGUAUAGCACAGUGCCUUUUUUUGCAGCUGAGAACUAGAGCUUAAAAAAAAAAAAGCUGAGACGAGUAGUGACAUGUGAAGGUAACGCGCACUGAGGUAGGAUGUACAUGCAGAGAGAUUUUUAACUUUCUGGUUUAACGAGGUCUUCGAAUUUCUUUUUGAUUCUAAGGGUUUCAGUGGCAAGUGUUUUGUCAGAGCUGCACUGAAAGAAUGUUUGUAAAGAUGUUACUUAAAUAAAGUAAUAUUCACACAAAAA